GUUCCCCGCUCGGCGUGUAGGUUUCCAUAGAAACAGAGCGAGACUUGGGAAGCCGCGUAGUGGUGACCACCGCUGCCGGGGCCGCUGGAGCAACAAAGAUGCCGGCGAAGGGAAGGGACAAAAGGAAAAUCAAAGAAAAGAGGAAGAAGGCAACAAAAACUGAGGAAUCUGUGGUGGAGAGAGCCAAGGCCAAUGCCUCCCUCUGGGAAGCUAGGCUGGAAGUCACCGAACUCUCUAGGAUUGAGUAUCGUGAUGCUUCCAGGAGACUAGCAAAAACCAAUGAGGACUUAAAGAAACAACAGUACAAAAUGGAGAAAGACACAAUGUCUGUGUUAAGCUUCCUGAAGAAGCAGGAUCAGGAGAAAGAUAAUAUGAUUGAAAAACUGAAAGAGCAACUAAAUGAAACAAAAGAAAAAGCACAAGAAGAAAAGGAAAAACUGGAACAAAAGUAUACUGUGCAAAUAAAUGAGCUGGAAGGACAGUUCCAUCAAAAAGCCAGAGAAAUAAGCAUGAUUCGGACAGAAUUAAAAACAAUAAAACAAUUCCAGAAGAGAAAAAUCCAAGUGGAGAAAGAAUUAGAUGAUCUGAAGGACAAUUUAAGGCGAACAGAGCAGAAACAUCAGGAGACUCUUAGAAGACUGGAAGGCAAGUUUUUUGAAGAAAAGCACCGACUAGAACAAGAAGCUGAAAAGAAGAUAAUAAUGCUGGCAGAGCGAGCCCACAAUGAAGCUGUUGCGCAAUUGAACAGUGCUGGAAGAACUGUUUUUAAAGAGAACAUAUAUCUCCAGAAGGCCCUCACAUACCAUCUUAAAGAAGCGGAAGUUCUACAAAAAAAUACCCAGAAGUUGCAAGAGAGUCAAACUUUUCUUUUACAACAAAAGGAGAUCAAUGAUUUGUUGGUUAAGGAAAAGAUUAUGCAACUUAUGCAGCAGAGAUCACAAAUCCAGACUCUUCAGAAGAAGGUGUUGAGCUUGGAGACUGCCCUAAGUUGUAUGACCAGAGAGUUUGAGACUGAAGUUUUAAAACUACAGCAACAGGCGCUAGUGGAGAACCAAGCAGGACGAGUUGAAAUCGACAAGCUACAGCAACUUCUUCAUAUGAAGGACAGGGAAAUGAAUCGAGUGAAGAAGCUGGCCAAGAACAUACUGGAUGAGAGAACAGAAGUGGAAAGAUUCUUUUUAGAUGCUCUACACCAAGUAAAGCAACAGAUCCUAUUUAACAGGAAGCAUUAUAAACAGGUAGCACAAGCUGCUUUCAAUUUUAAAAUGAGACAGGCGUGUGCAGGAAGAACAGAAUAUCCCAAGAUCCGAACAUUUGAUGGCAGAGAACACAGCACCAAUAGUGUGAAUCAAGAUCUUAUGGAGGCUGAAAAAUGGAAAGAUAUUCAAGGAAAUGUGGAUAUUGGCGAUUUGACCUGGGAGCAGAAGGAGAAAGUUUUGAGAUUGCUCUUUGCAAAAAUGAAUGGUUUUGUUCCUAGGAAAUACAACCAGAGGUCUAGGCCGCCAGUUCCAGACUAUGUUCCUGACAGUGGAGAAAAAAAGGAAUCUAGGGAUGAAAGUAACCUUCCAGAUCAAACCUUUAUCACCCAGCAAGCAACAGUCUCAAACUCUACCGAUGAGCUGAUGAUACCCAAUAUUCCAAAAGGAUCACAAGAGUCUAACAUAGGGACCUCCUAAAAAGCACUGCUGGACAACACAUGCUCUCACAGAAGCUGCUGACAGGCCCUUCCUUGCCGAAUCCUUGCUCCUGAAUAUGUUUUUGAAAGUCUCUUAGAGGAAAAAAAUAUUCUUUUAAACUUCAA